GUUUCGACCUCCGCGGAACUCGGUCGUUCGGUGGGAGUUAUAGAAAAUUUACGACGAUUUAUUUUCGUUUGUCGGCCGGGUGCUUUUUGCAGGCAAAUAGCCUGAAAACAAGUUUUAAAAAAUUAGAAAAACAGACUGGCCAAAACGGUUGUGUUGCUACGGAACCUAAGUGUCUGAUACUCCGAGAGUUGGAUUUUGUUUUUUCACCAGUUUCAUGAUUUAGGUAUGCUUCAUCAGGUUGACUACUGUUGAUUACCAGUUACCAAACGAAAGUAAAUAAAACCUCAUCCAAGGGAAAAUUCCUGUUUUGAACGUUCAAUUAUCCAGAUCGUAGAUGAUCUGGGUCACCGAUUGUCCUCACAUUGUAAAGACGAAACGGCCCGAGGUAGAGCGAAAAUCGCCCUGUAAACACGUGCAUGUCGGGUCGAAAUAUCUCUCGGCAUGGGGGAAAGAAUGAGACGGGAAAGAGGGACACUUAUCUGCGUGAACAUUCCGACAUGUUGACACACAGCGAGACAAUAACUCGCGCCCCAUGUUCUGUUCCAUUCAUACCUCAUUCGUUUACCAGGAUGAGACAGGAGCGAUGAAUGAGAACGAAACAGUGCUAGCUGGAUUUUGUGAAAUUACUGGCGCAACAUCCGAAGAAGCGACAUUUUUUUUAGAAUCCGCAGCUUGGGUACUGGAAGACGCUCUGAUCACCUACUACCAGAGCUGGACACCGUCAGAGCCGACCGCCCCCGCACAGCCCACGCCCGAAACCCUCACGCCGCCGCCAAUGGGCGACUCUGACAACGAAGCGCCUUCUGCCCCGAGAGGCAAGCCGAAAUUUGGCACUCUUUCUAGUCUCAGGAAGGACUCCAGUUCCGACGAGGAAGAGGGUCAAAGGUUCUACGCGGGCGGAUCCGUUCACAGCGGUCAGGAGGUGGUCGGCCCGGGUAAGCACAGCACAGACGUUAUCAGCGACAUGUUCAAGUCAGUGCGGGACCUCGGUGGGGUCGAAGCGGCCAGUACUUCCCGCGAGGGUAAAGCCAGGCCCAUGUUCAAAGGCACAGGGUACCGGCUGGGCCAGACCCCGGACGACACGGAAGUCAUCUCCUCCGGGCAUCGCGAGCGCCGGAGGCGUGAAGUCACUCUAAGACUCUGGAGAAACGGCUUCAGCGUCAACGAAGGACCCCUCAGGUCCUACACGUCCCCGCAGGACAAAGAGUUUCUCGACAAGAUCAGAACCGGCCAGGUCCCUCAGGAACUGGUCGAGGAUUCGACGGAAGAGUCCGUCCAUCUAAAUAUGGAAGACCACCGGCACGAAGAGUUCAACCGGCCCAAAGCGACCGCCCGGGCAUUCACAGGCCAAGGGUUCAUUCUGGGCAGUCUGACCCCGAACGUGACCACGCUGCCUAAUCCGCAGCCACCGCAGACGAGCCCGGUGGAACCGCCUUCCACUGAGACCGCUCCGCCUUCGGUCGACGUCGACCCUUCCCAACCUACGACUGUCGUUCAAGUAAGGCUCAACGACGGUUCUCGUCUCCGGGCCGAACUCAAUCACACUCAUACGAUCGGGGAUCUGAGGAACUAUCUAAUCAGUUCGAGACCAGAGUAUCGUCAGUCUCCCUUCAUGUUACUGACAACCUAUCCGAGCAAAGAGCUCACCGACAAUAACCUGACCCUCGCAGAAGCAGGCAUACUCAACGCGUCUAUUCUCAUGCGUAUGAAGUAACUACACCAUCGAUUUUUUUUGUACCAUAUGCCUACUUUUGUAUUUAUUUUUACAUACUUUUAAACAGUCCCUUUUACCACCGGAGCAUUUUAUUUUGUAGCACUUUUUCAGAUAAAAAUUUGUCGCUGACGAAUUUCAUGUGUAAAUAAAGAAUCAAUUACAACAUGUGGGAUUUUCAUUUUCUAAAGAAUAAUUUGUUUUUUAUUUUAAGAUUUGUUAGUG